AUGCUCUUUGACUUUAUCAUAGUUGAAAGCUGUCCCAAAAUUAUAAGCCGUUCAGAAUGGAGGGCACAGCAACCUAACUGUACAUAUCACCUUUCCACCCCUGUGACUUACGCAGUGAUUCAUCAUACAGCAGGAAGUCCAUGCAGUACUAGAUUGUCAUGCAUUUCACAGGUGAAAUCUAUCCAGAAAUAUCACAUGACACACAAUCGCUGGUGUGACAUUGGGUACAGUUUCCUCAUUGGAGGUGAUGGGAAUAUCUAUGAGGGAGCUGGAUGGGAUAACAGAGGAACCCACACAGCAAACUACAAUAUAGAACCAUCCAUGGCUGCCCAAAACGCUGCCAAGAGCCUCAUUGGCUGUGCUCGAUCCAAAAAUAAGCUGCAAUCAGAUUAUGUUCUGAAGGGUCACAGAGACACAAAAACUACACUAUGUCCUGGAGAUAAACUGUACAGAAUCAUUCAAAGUUGGCCAAACUAUAAAGCUUAA